UCGACGGAAUGCCACCCAAAUUCACAAAGUUAUAGCCCAAAAUGCACGGGCUCCGGAUGAGUUUGAAGGAUCUGACCAUCGACUGUCUGCUGUGCAUCUUUGACUACUGCUCGGAGGCGGAUCUCCUGUGCCUGUGCAAGGCGGAUGCGGCCCUGGAGUACAUAAUAGACACCCACUACUUCCAUCCACUCGCCUACGACUUGCUGCUCAGUGGCCACCGAAAUAGUCCAAGAAUCGAGCAGAGAAACCGCAAACGCCUGAAGAACUAUGAACGGCUGGAGGUGUCCAGGAACUGGGUUAGUGGCACCUACUUCGAGCGCCCCUACUUCCACCAUGCCCAGAUGUUCCCCACCAAACUGUGCCUGGAGUCGGACUACCUGUACAUUACCCAUGCCGGCUACCUGCGCAAGUACCGUCGCACCAGCCACGACGCCCUGGAGCGUCGCUACGAGGAGGAGAUCACCACGUCCACCCAGACGGACAUCUCGGAUUUCGUCAAGAAGCAGAGCACCAUAUUCGCGGGAAGGGUGUGCGGAUCGUGCUUCCACUGCGAUGUGGAUGAACCAAGUUUGACGGAACAAAGGAUGCAUCCGGCCAACGAGUAUUUGUACUGCGUGGACUUUGUCAACGAUCUGUAUGCCACCAGCACGGAUAAUUGCUGCAGACUGUGGCAGCGAUCCGAGGAGUUCGGGAUGAUACACUUCGACAUGGUGACGAAUCUGCCGCACGCCUUCAGAUCCAUGAAACUGAGCUCCGAUGGCCAGUGGCUAUAUGGGGGUCUCUACUCGGAUAAGGCAACCCGACGGGCUCUGAAAGGUGUCCACGUGGAAAGUGGCGAAGAAAUCGUCUUCAACUCGAGCACAAUGUCCAUUUACGACCUAAAACUGAAAGAUGACCAGGUUAUUUUCACGGCCAACUUCGACACAACGUUUCGAAUGUUUGAUCGACGCAUUGAUCGCGAUGUGGCCAUUUGGGAGGAUCCCUUCGACUCUUCCUUUUACUCCCUGGAGUACGAUGGACUGUAUGGAGUCUUGGUGGGCACCAACAGACAUUCGCGGGUCAAUCUCUACGAUAUAAGAAUGAAGAAAUAUGUACAGCUAUACUUCCCGAGUCGGACGCGAGAACACAAGGGAUUCUCGCCCGUUUACAGCCUAGCUUGUGAUAGCCAAUAUAUGUUUGUGGCCACCGAUCACAACCUGCGGGUCUUCGACUUUAAGUCGAACCGUGGAAUUCGGAGGGACUACAGCAACAUUAAUGUACUAAUGAAUAAAUAAUGCAAAAAUAUCAUAUGAUCCCCAAACAUACUU